CCACACAGAAGACUUAUCUCUGUCUUCUAGCAUGGGGACCCUCUGGCACUUACAAUACACUUUAAUUAUAUUCUGUAUUUCAGUGCUGAAUACCACAGGGAUCAAGCAAAGACCAACUGGUGGCUUGAGAACAUGGGAUCCUGAAACAGCUUACCUCACCAGAUGUGAUUUUAACAACAACUCAAGACCAUUUUGUGACUGGACCCAACCUUGCAACGUCAACCAGGGAGUGUGGAUACGAACCAAGCAUGACACUCCGACUGAUGGAACAGGUCCUGAUGGAGACUAUCCUGAUGGAAAAGGCUAUUUCAUCUACCAAGAAGCAAGUAAUCUGAUUCCAUUCGACACUAACAGGCUUGAGAGCCCAGACACUGUGGUUUCUCAGAAAAUAUGCAUAGACUUCUGGUACUAUAUGUUUGGGUCAGAAAACAUGAAUGAGCUGAGAGUGCUUAUCAAAGACAGCACAGGAGAGUCUGUGGUGUGGAGUCGGAAGGGAAACCAGAGUUCCUUGUGGAAAUAUGGUGCCAUCACUCAUACUGUCCCAACACAGAGAAAGAUAAAGGUAAUUUUUGAGGCUGUCCGAGGACUGACAGAGUAUGGGGAUACGGCGUUGGACAAUGUGAGAGUAAGGGAUGGAUCCUGUGAAGCUGUCCCUACCCCUAUGCCACCAACACCUACACCAACAGAACCUACACCUCCAGUGACAGAAGCAAUCUGCAGUAUACAUGGGGAUCCUCACUACUACACAUUUGACAAGCAGCGUCAUGACUUCAUGGGCACCUGCACCUACACCCUCUCCAAGCUGUGCGAGAGCAACAGCUCGCUGCCUUACUUCAACGUGGAAGCGGCCAAUGAGCACAGGGGAAGCAACACUCGCGUGUCCUAUGUCCAAUAUGUGGACAUCGAUGUGUAUGGCUACAGGAUCAAUCUGGGUAAAAAUGGAAUUGUUAAGGUUGAUGGAGUCAGCCAGGUGCUCCCUGUGACCUUGGCACAGGGUGUCAGUAUUUCCUUCAGCGGGCAGUAUGUUGUGGUUACUACUGACUUUGGGCUGAUUGUCAAGUUUGAUGGAAAUCACAGAGCAGAAAUCACUCUUCCCAGUACCUACAUGUCUAAAGUCUGUGGAAUAUGUGGAAAUUAUAAUGGGGACAAAAAAGAUGACUUUCUUAACCCAGAUGGAGAGAUGGAAGCAAACUCGACCAGCCUUGGCAACAGUUGGCAGGUUUACAAUGACUCCAGGUGCUUGCCAGAUGAUGGCCACACCCCAAAUUGCACUGACGAUGAAAAACAUAUGAUCCAAAGCAAUGAAUACUGUGGUCUGAUCACAGAUCCCAGUGGUCCAUUCCAGAAUUGCCACUCAGUAGUUGAUCCACAAAGUUAUUCUGAAGCCUGCCAGUAUGAUCUCUGUGAACUUCAUUUGAACAAUGCAGCCCUCUGUGAAAACAUACAGGCUUAUGCAGACGUGUGCCAAGCUGCAGGAGUCCAACUGAGACCAUGGAGAAAUGCAACCUUCUGCCCACUAGCCUGCUCUGCCAACAGUCACUAUGAGCCCUGUGCUGCAGCCUGCCCUGCCACCUGUGUUGACCCACUAGCACCCUACAACUGCAAGCUGCCCUGCGUGGAAGGGUGUGUGUGCGACAGCGGGUACCUGCUCUACAACGACCAAUGCGUGCCAAGCCAACAGUGCGGGUGCUGGCACAACGGGCAGCACUACCCCGUGGGCUCAGAGUUCUGGACGGACAACACCUGCUCCUCAAAGUGCACAUGUCCCGCACGGGGAAGCAAAGUCCAGUGCUUCAGUGCCUCAUGCCCUGCGGGCCAGUACUGCGGGGUAAAGGAUGGGAAACCUGAGUGCCUCGAACAAUCCUACGGCAUCUGCCACAUCCAUGGUGACCCUCACUACAUCACCUUUGACAAAGUGACGCACAACUUCAUGGGCAACUGCACCUACACCCUGGCCAAAGUGUGCUCCAACACCACCUUCCUGCCCUACUUCAAUGUUGAGGCCAAGAACGAGCAUCGUGGAAACACCAGAGUGUCCUACGUGCGCGAAGUUGUGGUUGAGGUGUACGGAGAGCGCAUUGCCAUUGUCAAGAAGGAGAAGAGCCAAGUGCUGGUGAACAAUGUGCGCCAGACCUUGCCGGUGAGCAGAGCAGGGGGUGCCAUCACGGUGAGCCAGAGCGGCCGCUACAUCGUCCUGGAGACAGACUUCAACCUCAGGGUGUCCUAUGACACUGACCACUCGGUGGAGGUGAAGGUGCCCACUACCUACUUCAACCUGACCUGUGGCAUGUGCGGGAACUUCAACAACCGGAGAGAGGACGAUUACAUGAUGCCCAACGGGCAGCAAGCUGCAGACUCCAAUGAGUUGGGGCAGAGCUGGCAGGUCCCAGACAAUGACCCCUCCUGUGGUGUCCCCGACCCCUCCCCACCCUGCAGUGCAGAAGAGGAGAAGCUCUACCGAUCGGACCAGUUCUGUGGCAUUCUGACUGCCAGGCCUGGCUCUUUUGAGAGCUGCCACGGUGUGAUCAACCCCCAGAGCUACUUUGACACCUGUUUCUAUGACCUUUGUGCCCUGAAUGGUGGCCAGGAGGUCCUGUGUGCUAAUCUGGAGGCCUACGCUGACGCAUGCCAGGCAGCCGGCGUGACUCUUCUGCCCUGGAGGAAUGCCACCUUCUGCCCUGUUGCAUGCCCUCCCAAUAGUCAUUACAAUCCAUGCACCAGUGCUUGUCCAGCGACUUGCACUGACCCUCUUGCACCAAAGAACUGCAGCAGACCUUGUGUAGAAGGAUGUGAAUGCAACAAUGGUUUUGUCAUCAGUGGGGGACAAUGUGUGUCCAUGAACAACUGUGGCUGCCUUCAGAAUGGCAAAUAUUAUGAGAAAGGAGAAGUUUUUUGGCAAACCGACUGCGUGGGCCAAUGUGUAUGUGCUGGAAAUGGGACUAUAGUUUGCAAUUCAGACACAUGUGAAGUAAGCGAAGUUUGCAAGGUGCAGAAUGGACUCCUGGGAUGUUAUCCAUUGAAUCCUAGCACCUGCCACAUUUUUGGGGAUCCACAUUAUAUAACCUUUGAUGGGAGACUGUACCAUUUCCAAGGAGACUGCAAUUAUACUGUUGUUGAGACAUGCACGAAUUCUUCUGAAAGGUUUUCAGUGACAACCAGAAAUGAACACAGAGGAAACCCAAACUGGACAGCCUUGAACUCAGUUGCUGUCACACUGAAAAACUUUCACAUUGUUUUGAAGAAAAAGAAAGAGACCUAUGUGAACGGAAUUCAGGUUUAUCUGCCCGUGGAUUUGAACCAUGAAGCCAGAAUAGCUAUACAAGGACAUUAUGUGGUCAUUGAUACCUCUCUAGGGAUCCAGGUGAAGUUUGAUGGUGACCAGGAGCUUUUCAUUCUGGUUGAUGAAAGUCUCAAAGGACAGCUGUGUGGUCUGUGUGGGACAUUCAAUGACAACCAAUUGGAUGAUUUCCUAAAACCGGAUAAAGUCCUUGAACAGGAUCCAAAUAAAUUUGGUGACAGCUGGAUAGUGAAGGAUGACAAUAGGACUGGGCCUUUUCAGGUCUGCCAUUGGCACAUUCCCCCACAGCUAUACUUUGAGAGCUGUGUCUAUGAUCUAUGUGCCACAGACGGGAAUUCUGAUCAGUUUUGCAAGAUUUUAGAGGCAUAUGCUGCGGCCUGUGAACUUGGAGGUGUAAAUCUGGGUGAAUGGAGGAAAGAUACCAUCUGUGCUGCACCAACAGCCUGCAAUAUGUCCUGUACAUUUGAUGUUGACUUCUGUGAGUGGGAACAGGCAACCAGCGACGACUUUGACUGGAUAAGGCACAAGGGGCCGACACCCACACCAAAUACCGGCCCUUCCUAUGACCACACGACUGGAGAGGGCUAUUAUGUCUACCUGCAAGGAAGUACACAUCAGCCAGGUGAGGUAGCCCGCUUGGUCAGUCCAGUGUGCAGUUUGGAAGGACCGCACUGCUUCCGCUUCUGGUAUCACAUGUACGGAGCAGCUGAGGCAAUGGCCCUGCGCGUGUAUGCAGUUCACAAUGAAACAUCAACACUGGAAUGGAAAGAUGCUGGAAACAAAGGGGACAGAUGGAACUUGGGAGAGGUCAUGGUGCACAGCACAGGAAACAUGCAGAUUGUCCUGGAGGGCAUGAUAGGUGAAGAUAUCAAGAGCGACGUAGCAUUGGAUGAUCUGUCCAUUGAAAAGGGAUACUGCACAGGUAAUGUGAUUCCGACAACACCAGGCACCAUCACAACCACACCUUCAGAAGAUAAAACCACGUCAGCACCCAUACCAGGCCCGGGGACCUGUGUGGUGGAAGGAGACCCUCACUACCACACAUUCGAUGAGCAGCUACACCACUUCAUGGGCACCUGCACCUACACCCUCUCCAAGCUGUGUGAGAGCAACAGCUCGCUGCCCUACUUCAAUGUGGAAGCGGCCAAUGAGCACAGGGGAGGCAACACUCGCGUGUCCUAUGUCCGAUACGUGGAUGUCGAUGUGGCUGGCCAGCGGAUAAGGCUGGGGAAGGGUGGAGCGGUGACGGUCAAUGGAGUGGCAGAGGUCCUGCCCUGCACCCCAUCCGCAGGCGUGCAGGUCUCGUCCAGCGGAUUCUACACAGUCGUCACCACAGACUUUGGCUUGAGAGUGAGGUUUGAUGGGAACCAUCGGGUGGAGGUGACGCUUCCGAGCACCUUUAGGCAGAAGGUUUGUGGCAUGUGUGGGAACUACAACGGGAUGGCAGCAGAUGACUUCCUGAACCCAGAAGGGAUGCUGGAGCCAGACUCCACCAGCCUGGGCAACAGCUGGCAGGUGUCCAACGACAGCAGCUGCUCGGCCGGACCACUGCCCACCCCAGCCUGUAAUGAGACGGACAAGCAAGUCAUUGCCAGCAGCCAAUUCUGUGGGCUCCUCAAUGACACCAGCGGCCCAUUUCAGAUGUGCCAUGCUGUGCUGAGCCCCAACAGUUACUUUGACACCUGCCUUUAUGACCUGUGUGAGCUGGGGCUGGACCGCGAGGUCCUCUGCAAGAGCUUGCAGUCCUACGCAGAUGCCUGCCAGUCUCUUGGUGUCAAGAUCCCUGUGUGGAGGAAUGCAACCUUCUGCCCCAUCACCUGUCCAGCCAACAGUCACUAUGAGCCCUGUGCUGCAGCCUGCCCUGCCACCUGUGUUGACCCGAUGGCUCCUGUUAGCUGCAGCCUGCCCUGCGUGGAAGGGUGUGUGUGCGACAGCGGGUACCUGCUCUACAACGACCGAUGCGUGCCAAGCCAACAGUGCGGGUGCUGGCACAACGGGCAGCACUACCCCGUGGGCUCAGAGUUCUGGACGGACAACACCUGCUCCUCAAAGUGCACGUGUCCCGCACGGGGAAGCAAAGUCCAGUGCUUCAGUGCCUCAUGCCCUGCGGGCCAGUACUGCGGGGUGAAGGAUGGGAAACCUGAGUGCCUCGAACAAUCCUACGGCAUCUGCCACAUCCAUGGUGACCCUCACUACAUCACCUUUGACAAAGUGACGCACAACUUCAUGGGCAACUGCACCUACACCCUGGCCAAAGUGUGCUCCAACACCACCUUCCUGCCCUACUUCAAUGUUGAGGCCAAGAACGAGCAUCGUGGAAACACCAGAGUGUCCUACGUGCGCGAAGUUGUGGUUGAGGUGUACGGAGAGCGCAUUGCCAUUGUCAAGAAGGAGAAGAGCCAAGUGCUGGUGAACAAUGUGCGCCAGACCUUGCCGGUGAGCAGAGCAGGGGGUGCCAUCACGGUGAGCCAGAGCGGCCGCUACAUCGUCCUGGAGACAGACUUCAACCUCAGGGUGUCCUAUGACACUGACCACUCGGUGGAGGUGAAGGUGCCCACUACCUACUUCAACCUGACCUGUGGCAUGUGCGGGAACUUCAACAACCGGAGAGAGGACGAUUACAUGAUGCCCAACGGGCAGCAAGCUGCAGACUCCAAUGAGUUGGGGCAGAGCUGGCAGGUCCCAGACAAUGACCCCUCUUGUGGUGUCCCCGACCCCUCCCCACCUUGCAGUGCAGAAGAGGAGAAGCUCUACCGAUCGGACCAGUUCUGUGGCAUUCUGACUGCCAGGCCUGGCUCUUUUGAGAGCUGCCACGGUGUGAUCAACCCCCAGAGCUACUUUGACACCUGUUUCUAUGACCUUUGUGCCCUGAAUGGUGGCCAGGAGGUCCUGUGUGCUAAUCUGGAGGCCUAUGCUGACGCAUGCCAGGCAGCCGGCGUGACUCUUCUGCCCUGGAGGAAUGCCACCUUCUGCCCCCUGCUGUGCCCUGCCAACAGCUACUAUGACCCUUGCAUGACCGGCUGUCCUGCCACCUGUGUUGACCGACAAGCCCCACAGAACUGCUCCAAGCCCUGCAUGGAGGGCUGUGCAUGUACCUCUGGCUUCCUCCUUAGUGGAGACACCUGUGUGCCUGAGGCCCAGUGUGGCUGCCUCUUUGAGGGCAACUACUACAGCGAAGGCGAGUACUCUGUGAGCGAGAACUGCACUCGCCAGUGCCGGUGUGAAGCCAACGGCCAGAUGGUUUGCUCUCCGUUGUCCUGUGGUGUGGACGAGGUCUGCAAGAUCCAGAAUGGCCAGAGGGGCUGUUACCCAGCCAGCACUGCUCUCUGCCACAUCUACGGCGACCCGCAUUACAGCACCUUCGAUGGGAAGCUUCACCACUUCCAAGGCUCCUGCAAUUACACGGUGGUGACGGGCUGUGACAACUCCUCCGUUGGGUUCACUGUCACCACCCGCAACAAACAUCGCGGCAGCCUGAGCUGGACGGCUCUGAACUCUGUGGCAGUGUCCAUGGAAGGCCUCCACAUUGCACUGCGCAAGAACAAGGCGGUCUACAUCAACGGUGCUCUGGCCUCCCUGCCUGCUUCCCCCGCCCCCGGUGUGUCUGUUUCCCUGAGCGGCUCCUACGUGCGGGUUUCUACCAAGCUGGGCCUGCAGCUGCAGUUCAAUGGGGACCAUGAGCUCUUAGUGCACGUGUCUGAGAAGCACAAGGGCAAGCUGUGUGGGCUGUGUGGGACGUACACUGGAAGCCAGCAGGACGACUUCAUGCGACCCGAUGGGGUUGUCGUGCCCGACUUCAAUGACUUUGGAACCAGCUGGAGGGUGCCAGAUGAUGAGUGGCCGUGUGACCCAACCAUCAGACCACCCGCGUCCUGCUCCCCCUCCGAGGAGGAGGCAGCUAACAAGGAGUGUGCAAUCCUCACACAACUUGGUGGCCCGUUCCAGCCAUGCCAUGCAGUUCUGCCACCCAAGACGUACUUUGAGAGCUGUGUCUAUGACCUGUGUGCCACGGGUGGCAGCACGGAGCAGUUCUGCAAUGACCUGGGGGCCUAUGCCACAGCCUGUGCUGAGGCAGGCGUUGCUCUGGGAGACUGGAGUGCUGGCACUGUCUGUGGCCCAUCGACAUCAAAACCCACGACCCCCUCACCAGGCACUACAACGCAGCCUCCAAAGACGACAUCACCACCAAGACCCACACCAAGCUCAGGUCCAUCAACCCCAGAGCACCCCCUCGCCAACCACCACAACGCGGCCUCCGCAUACACCAAGACCCACACCAAGCGCAGGUCCAUCAACCCCAGAGCCUGGGACCACCUCGCCAAACACCACAACGCGGCCUCCACAUACACCAAGACCCACACCAAGCUCAGGUCCAUCAACCCCAGAGCCUGGGACCACCUCGCCAAACACCACAACGCGGCCUCCGCAUACACCAAGACCCACACCAAGCGCAGGUCCAUCAACCCCAGAGCCUGGGACCACCUCUCCCAACACCACAACGCGGCCUCCACAUACACCAAGACCCACACCAAGCUCAGGUCCUUCGACAUCACAACCCACAACCCCCUUGCGAAGUACUACAACGCAGCCUCCACACACGCCAUCACCACCGAAACCCACACCGAGCUCAGAGUUCAUAAUUUCAUGGGAAAUUGCACUUACACCCUCUCCAAAGUGUGCAAUGUCUCUGAGAGGCUUCCAUACUUCGAUGUGUCCACAACAAAUGAGCACAGAGGAGCCAACACCAAAGUCUCUUAUGUGAAGUCAGUGCAAGUGGAAGUCUAUGGCAACCAGAUUUCUUUGCUGAAAAACAAGAAAGUGAAUGUGAAUGGCAGCAGAAUGAACCUGCCCGUAUUUAUUGAAAAGAAGAUCAGUAUUCAAAGCAGUGGUGGAUAUGUUCUCUUGGAAACUGACUUUGGACUGUGGGUGAGAUAUGAUGGAAAUCACUACGCAGAAGUCUCCGUGCCCUCUAUUUACAGUGGUCUGCUCUGUGGCCUCUGUGGUAAUUAUAAUGGUGAUCCAAAUGAUGACAACAUAAAGCCCAAUGGUGACAUUGCAAGUGAUUCCACUGAUCUGGGACAAAGCUGGCUUGUACCUGAGAAUAACACCAUAUGCUCGAGUGGGACACAAGAGCAAUGUGAUCCUGUGCUGGAGAGUGAAGCAAAGAAGAACACAGCAUGUGGCAUGAUCACAGACCCAACAGGAAUCUUCAAAGAUUGCCAUGCCAAGGUGCCUCCAAAGAAUUUCUUUGAAAACUGUGUUUACGACAUGUGUUUCACUGAUGGACAGGCAACAUCCUUAUGCUAUGGACUGCAGGCCUAUGCUGAGUCAUGUGUCAAUGCUGGGAUAUGCAUAGAGUGGAGGAAUGCUACUCUUUGCCCGAUGUCUUGUCCUGGAGGCAGCAUCUACAAAAGCUGUGGUACUAGGUGUCCCUCUACCUGUUUGAACAUGUCAGCAGUUGAUUCCUGCAGUUCCUUACCAGUGGAAGGUUGUUUCUGUAAGGAAGGCUAUGUUUUGAGUGGAGACAAAUGUGUGCCAGAAAGCAGCUGUGGUUGUGUUGAUGAAAAAAAUCAGUAUCACCAGCUGGAUGAAAGCUGGUUCACCAGCUAUCCCUGCACUGAACGAUGCACCUGCAACGCUAAUAACACCAUUGAAUGCACAUCCUGGGAGUGUGGAGUCCGAGAGGAAUGCAGUGUUCAGGAUGGUGUGCUGGGCUGUCAUUCCAAUGGCCAAGCAACAUGUCAAGUGGCAGGAGAUCCCCAUUAUUUCACUUUUGAUCGAAUGAUGUACACUUUUGUGGGUACCUGCACCUACACCUUAGUUGAGGUUGUCAACACCAGCAGUGUCAUUCCUAUAACCAUCCUUGGCAAGAAUGAAGACAGAGGAUUAAGAGGGGCCACGUACCUGAAAGAAGUCUAUGUAGAUGUGUAUGAUGUACGAAUCACUCUUCAGAAAAACCAAGGAAUCCUGUUGAACAAUGAGAGAGUCUACACUCCAAUGGAGAACCGGUUGCGAGGUGUGUCCAUUGGAAACGUUGGCAGAUUCCUAGUAGUGGAAACUGACUUUGGUGUGAUAGUGAAAUAUGAUGGCAAUCACCAUCUGGAAAUCACCCUCCCACACUCUUAUUUCUCAAAGGUACAGGGCAUGUGUGGUAACUUCAAUGAUAUACGUGAAGAUGAUUUGUCCUUGCCCAACGGUACGCUCGUCAGUGUUUCACAGUUUGGAAAUAGCUGGAAAGUGGAGGAAGACAGUGAUGAAGGCUGUUUAUCAGACUUAAGAGAAGAUGAUGUUCCUCCUUGCACUGCAGAGAAUAAACCAGUCAUGGAAAGCCAGUGCAAUGUCCUAAAAUUGGACAAAUUCAAAGCAUGUCAUAAUCUAGUCAAGCCCGAAGACUUCAUACAGAUCUGCGUCUAUGACAUGUGCCGGUAUGAUGGCAUGAAGUCCGCUCUCUGCGACAUAGUCCAGUUCUAUGUGGACACCUGCAGGAGUCAUGGAGUCAUUAUUAAAUGGAGGAAUAGCACAUUCUGCCCAUUGCCCUGUCCACUCCACAGCUAUUACACGGACUGUGUCUCCACCUGCCCAUCAACAUGCAAUGACAUUUUUGCCUCUUCCCUGUGUGAGAAGACAGAACAGUGCACAGAGGGCUGUGAGUGUGAUAAUAACUAUGUGCUCAGUAACGGCAAGUGUGUACCUCUGAGCAAUUGUGGCUGCAGGGAUGAUGACAACAAUUACUACAGUGCUGGGGAGACCUGGAUAACUCCACACUGCACCAAAAGAUGCCAGUGUCAGAAGAACGGUGUCAUCAAAUGUACGAGCUAUGGCUGUGAUUCUAAAGAAACCUGCGUGAUCAAAAAUGGAAAACACAAGUGCAAUCCAACAGGUUUUGGGAAAUGCCGGGUCAUGGGCGAUCCACACUACAUCACCUUUGAUGGUCUGGUGCACCACUUUCAAGGGAAAUACACGUAUAUUCUGGCUCAGACCAUCCCUGACCUACCUGAUACUCUGACACAGUUCAGCAUUGAAGGCAUGAACUAUCCUUUCCAUCGAAGUCGACACAUUACUUACCUGAAGGAGAUUCUCAUCAAUGUUUACAAUCACACAGUGCGAUUCAGGCAGAACAAGCAGCUGGUGUUGGAUGGUGUGAGGGUGAGAACCCCUGCUCAUCCUCAUGAAGGUAUUCGUAUAUAUCAGAGGACAACAAGAAUUUACCUGGAGACAGAUUUUGGCUUAUACGUGAGCUUUGAUGGCAAUCAAAAUGCAGAUAUAAAGCUGGCCAACACCUACAGAAACAGAGUGGAAGGCUUGUGUGGUGACUUCGAUGGGAGAUACAGAAAUGACUUCACAAAAUCAGAUGGUGUUUGGGUGAAGAAUGUGAAUGCAUUUGGUGAGAGCUGGAAAGUUCCCCUAAAAAGAACAACUUCUCGUGUCAGGAGCUGCCUGUUUGAUAUGUGUGUGGAAGGAGAUGAGAAUGCUACCUUAUGUCGCAGUCUGGAGGAAUAUGUGCUGGCUUGUCAGCAGCAAGGAGUCAAUAUGAAAGGCUGGAGGCAACAGACAGACUGUGGUAUGUCAUGUCCUGCCAACAGCAACUACAGCUCAUGCAUGUCUGCGUGCCCAGCAUCCUGCAACGACUUGACCAGCCCCUCUGAGUGCGAAUCACCUUGUGUUGAAGGCUGUGAAUGUCUCCCUGGCUAUGUUCUUAGUGGUUCUGACUGCGUGCCUUACAAACAAUGUGGCUGCACAUACCUUAACAAAUAUUAUGAGAUUGGAGAAAUAUUUACCACUGAUGACUGCUCUCAGAGAUGCCAGUGCACAGAAAGCUCCACUGUCUCCUGCUCUAACACAGUGUGUGGAUCUGGUGAAAUCUGUGGCAUUUCAAACUACAGUCGUGGAUGCUACAGGAGUGGACCAUGUAUGCCAAGUCCUUGUAAGAAUGAUGGAGUUUGCUCUGAAAUUAUCAACAGCACCUCUCUUUCUUUCCACUGUGAGUGUUCAGAACUGUACACGGGACCAAGCUGCGAGGAUGAAAAAAUAGUUCAAGAACCUUCCAAAGAGGAUUCUAAGGACCACACAGUUGCCAUCGUUGUUGGAGUUGUGGCAGGCGUAGUUGUUAUCGUCAUUCUCAUCUCCUCUGCAGUGUACCUGUACAGAAGGACGAGAAAGACGGAUACAGCUGUGAUAUCAAGGGAUUCUUCUCUGAAAUGGUCCAGGCAUGCAUUGGAUGACAGAGUACACGAGCAAGACUACGGCUGCAUUGUGAACACUGCAUUUGAUCAAAAUUGA